AUGGCCUCGUCUGCGAGCGGCAACAUCGUCGUCGAGUGGUUGCGAUCGCUCCACUUGGGCCAAUACGCGGAAAGUUUUAUUGAUAACGGAUAUGAUGACUUAGAAAUAUGCAAACAAGUAGGGGAACCAGAUUUGGAUGCUAUUGGCGUCCUCAACCCUGCUCAUCGUCAGCGAUUGCUUCAUUCAGUCAGAUCUUUGAGAGAGGAAGGAGCGGCGGCUGUUUAUUUUACUUUGGAGGAGGCAGCCGCCGCUCGGGACUCUUGUAGAUGUGAAGAAGAAGCAAGGAAAGAGCAGGCGACAGCAGCAGUGGAACCAGCAAAAUAUGUUGACGAAUAUGAGGAAGGGAAAGCAGAGUUAGUGAAGAUACCUCGGAUGCAACUGAAGCGUUUACUUCGAGAACGCCUUGCUCAGGAUGGGAUUCGUCUGAGUCUGCAGCCAUAUUCCACCACGGAUGGCGACCGAGGUUACCUGGAAGGUUUGGCUUCGCGAUACGCGGACCUUUUCUCAACACACUAUGGGGACGUUCUAGACCACCUUGAAGAAUUGAGGAGACACGAAUGGGACGAGAUGUCACCCAGAAUGAGGGUGCUCGGAGGCCCUGGAACACCUCAAACCCCACCUUCGGCAAGUCCUGGUUCCCUAGCUUUGAAUAACUUGACCACGUCGCAUUCGCAGCCCAUUUAUGUGCCUGGAAAAUAUUCGCCCUCAAGCUGCCUCACAGAGAAAGAAGAGGACGAAAUAUACGGGUUCGGAUACGGCGUGUUUGGCAAACAGAUGCUGCAACGGCAACAGCAACAAAAACAACUGUUGUUAGCGCAACCGACACAACCGCUCAUGCACAAUACGCAACACAACUAUCAAAGCUGCCUAAGUCCACGGUCUGCGUAUUUCUACGAAUUCCCGCCAAGCGGCAUUGUUGUUGUAGAUAACUGCCUGGGCACAGCCAAGAAGAAGGUGACCACAUUCUCAAGGUUACUGCGAGGUCUGAAGUCCCAUAGGAAAGAGAAGCAUGGUUCAUGUUCGCCGAAACAUGCCCAUAGUCCCCGACAAGUACUGCCUCCACAGCGGGUGGAUACACCGGACAGCGUGCUACAAAGUGGCCUUGGUCUUGGGCCUGGGCCUGACACGGCUCUUAGGUCAAUGGUUGACCCGAGAGACUAUGACCGCCUCCGCUUCUUUCAAAUGAGUGCCGCCCAACCAAACACCUUCGAAGAGACUAUCCAUAGGUUAAAAGUUCAAGAAGCAAUGAAGAAAAAAGACAAACUUGCAAGAGAACAGGAAGAGAUCCUAAGAGAUAUAAGACAUGGUCUUAUGAACAUGGGAAGAGACGGUGUGCGUGGACCCUUCGGAGACGACACGUACAUGUAUGACGACGAAGCAAGAGGCCUCUCAGGAAGAGGACAUUGGUACGACGAACCACCGUACGAGAGUGACCCCGAGGAUUUUUUAAUGGGAGGAGGAGCACCAGCGGCAUCAUUUCAAAAUGGUCGAGUGUGCUUUACGCUCAAUCUUAGAAAUGAACCGAGAGGCGAAGGCGUAAUAUCUCUAAGAAGCGCCGGCGAUAUAAGUUUAGCGAGAACCCCACGGAGGGGAUUAAUUAUUCCGCAGAGUGGCCCCUAUCCGACCACCGUUAUCCCCUUGCGAACGGCAAGAGAUCGGGAGAGUGGGGAUUACGCCGCAUCUGAUAUCCAAUCUCUAGGAUCAAGACUAUCUGGCAUCUCUUUAGAAUCAAACCGAUCAGAACGAGAUUCCAGAAGGGGCUACCGACAAAUGUCUGGCUAUCGGAUAGGUGCUGAUCCUUUGUCGCCAGCUUCAUCUGACUACGAAGACCAAGAAAGCGAAACUGACUCGCAGCAUAUAGCAACUGUACAUAAGUCCGCUGAAGAAUGUGAAGGUGUAUCGAACUUGGCCGGCAAAGUAAGAGGCCUUAGACAAGAUGUCCAAAGAAAAAUAUCAAGGUUAAGACAAGAGAGGGGUCCUGAAGGCAGUGAUAGGAGGACGAGUGGUGACCAAGCGUUCCCAUGUUCUAAUAGUUCUUUCGAAAGUCUUCCCAGCGGAUCAGGCAGUAGCACACAAGCAUUGGUUCGCGCCGGUAGUAAUCACUCAUCUCUCUCGGCAGAAGAAAACAUAGAAUUAAGUCCAGCCGGGCGGAGUUUACUCGUGCCGCAAAUGCUGUGUCGAGCCCGGGCCCUCGUCGAUUACGUACCCAAUAUUUAUGAGAAAGAUGCCCUGAGAUACAAGAAAGGAGACAUCAUAGAAGUGAUAAAUAUGAACGCGUCCGGCAUAUGGCGAGGCGUAUUGAACAAUAAAGUUGGAAACUUCAAGUUCGCCCACGUCGAAGUUUUAUCUGAACGGGAUACGGUCCGUUCAAGAUCGUCCAAAUGGUGCAAAAGUCGCGAAAGGCUUUGGGAAACUCGACCACGUACAGUAGAAGAAUUACUGAGACGAAUAGAUUUGUUAGAGUAUGCUGUAGCCUUUGCAAGAAAUGGUUAUGAGGACAUAGAAUUAUUUAAAGAGAUUGAACCAUCUGACUUAGACUAUUUGGGAAUAAUGACUCCCGAACAUCGUACACGUAUUCUUGCUGCUGUACAACUUCUCCACCAGCUUGAAUGUGGCGAAGGCGAAGCAGAAGCUGACGGAGGCGGCUCGAGCUCCGAAGGUGGUGACUCUCCCUUUGGCAGACGACAAUUUCCCCGUGUCUCGGGGUGUUAUGAAGCCAGCGUAGGAGUUGGAGGUGUACGAGUUCGAACUUCUCCCUUAGUUCAUAGGGCUGAUGAACCUUCACAUAGGCCCCCAGAACCAGCACCGCAAGCUAAGAGAUCCAUUCGUCGACGACAACCAGAUGAUGCUGAAUGUGAUAGAAUUGAACGCUAUCCAGGAACAGGUACGGAGCGUACUACUGUACGUAGUGGCGGCCUUCCUGGUGGUGCAAGAGAUGAUACUUGUGAAUCUGAUCAUCGGCUAAAUGUAGUCAAGUUUGUAGCUGGCGGGGAACCUUGUGCUUCUGAAAAAAGUAGCGAUUCGGGGGCGCUGGCGCGGGCGCGUGCGGAAGCCGCGCAGUCGCCCGCUCCCCCCGCCGACACUGAACCAUCAGCGCCGCCCGAACCUGAACCCGAGCAUGAAUAA